AGCCUACAGGCUGUUUGGUGGGGUUGAUGGUGGCCUCCAGGAGGGCUCACACCAGGGAGUACUUCCCAGAACUGCUGCUGCCAGUGUCUUUGUCCCCACAGUGAGCCACAGCCACCCCUCACCUCUGCAGGAAAACCUCCAAUACUAUCAGCCUCCCUGCAUUAACUUGGGGACAAUGUGGGGCUGGACACUGUGGAUGCUCCCUCUACUCUCCAGAUUUGGCCUGGCAGCUCCACAUGGCCUGGAUCUGUGGCGAGUCCUGGGACUAGCCGAGGUGGAUGGAAGAAGGCCAGUACAGUUGCUGUGGAAGAAGGCAAAAGGAGCCCCGGUCCUGGAGAAAACUCUUGGCUACAACCUAUGGUAUUUUCCAGAAAACAACACUAACCUCACAGAGACAAGGAGCGCCACUAACCAGCAGCAUAUGUAUGUGGGAGGCAAGGCCUACCGGGUAUAUGUGAUUUCUUACAAUUCUCUUGGGGAGUCUCCAGUGGCCACGCUUAGGAUUCCAGCUAUUGAUGAAAAGUCAUUUCAGUGCAUCAAGGCCAUGUACACCUGCUUCACUCAGGACCAGCUGGUCGUGGAGUGGCAAAGCUCUGCUCUGGAGGUGGAUACAUGGAUGACUGAGCGGGUCCCAGAUUUGGACUCAGAGUCCUCGACCACUUCCUGGGAAUCUGUGUCCCAGACCAGAAACUGGACAAUCCAGCAGGAUGAACUAAAACCUUUCUGCUGCUAUAACAUCUCUGUGUAUCCAAUGUUGCAAGACCGAGUGGGUGAGCCAUAUUCUAUCCAGGCUUAUGUCAAAGAAGGUGGUCCAUCAGCAGGUCCCAUGACAAAGGCGGAGAACAUUGGCGUGGAGACGGUCACAAUUACAUGGAAGGAUCCCAAGAGUCAGAGAAAUGGUUUCGUCAACAACUGUACCAUAUUUUACCAAGCUGAAGAUGGAAAGGAAUUCUCCAAGACAGUCAACUCCAGCAUCCUGCAGUAUAGCCUGGAGUCCCUGCCAAGAAAGACUUCUUACACUGCUCAGGUCAUGGCCAGCACCAGUGCUGGGGGAACUAGUGGCACCAGGAUAAACUUCAAGACAUUGUCAGUUAGCGUCUUUGAGAUUUUCGUUAUAACUUCUCUGGUUGGAGGGGGCCUUCUUAUUCUCAUUGUCCUGACGGUGGCAUAUGAUCUCAAAAAACCCAACAGAUUAAAGCACCUAUGUUGGCCCAAUGUCCCCAACCCUGCUGAAAGCAGUAUAGCCACGUGGCAUGGAGAUGAUUUCAAGGAUAAGCUAAAUCUGAAGGAGUUUGAUGACUCUGUGAACACAGAAGAAGAUGGGAUUCUAAAACCAUGUUCGGCCCCCAGUGACCUUAUUGACAGGUUGGUGGUAAAUUUUGAUAAUUUUCUGGAAGUGGUUUCCACAGAGGAACCUGAAAAGCGUCAGGAAAAUAUAUUGGGAGGGGAAAAGAAUGAGUACAUGACCUCCCCAUAUGGGACUUAUUGUCCCGCAGUUUCAGUCGAUAUUCCACCAAGAGAAUCGCAACACCUGCGUCUGGCACCAGAGGGGAUCUGCUCAGAAGCCAAAGAGCAUCCUCUCCCUCCUACCCAAGGUUUAGGGCCAGACCAUCUCUGUGGGGAAGGAGCACCAAACCCAUACUUGAAAAAUUCAGUGACAACCAGAGACUAUCUCAUGUCUGAAAAACUUCUAGACCAAACCCAAAGAGAAGUCUAA